CUCUCUCUCUCUCUAAAAAACACAAGCCUACUCCACUGCUUUCUCCGAUGCACUUGUCUUCUUCACAUCCAACAUCACUGCCCAUGUUAUUGUACAGAUCUCUCAUUUCCUCUGUGUGGUCCUCCUCUUUAUAUCUCUAGACUCUCUUAUCACUUUCUUCAUGUCUUCAUACCUUAUAUCCGACUUUAGUCCUUCUUCCUUUUCUUCUUCCUACUCUGUUAAUGCUUCUUCUUGUUAAGCCUAGCUAUUAUCUUUCGUUUCAGGAAAACUUGUUUCUAUCGUAUCUUUUUGGAUAUAUAUUUCGAUCUCCAGCCAUAUUAUAUUUUUCCGGCUCGUACUUUGAAACAAACUUAGCGACGAAACUGUAGGGAUGUCUAGCAGAAGGUCGACGCAGUCGGGGACUUCGAGGAUCACAGAUGACCAAAUCAUCGAGCUCGUUUCCAAGUUACGCCAACUUGUUCCUGAGAUUCGCAAUAGGCGCUCUGACAAGGUACCUGCGUCUAAGGUUCUACAAGAGACCUGCAACUACAUCAGAAGCUUGCACAGAGAGGUGGAUGACCUGAGCGAGCGACUGUCCCAGCUUUUGGCUACAAUUGAUGCUGACAGCGCCGAGGCUUCGAUAAUAAGGAGUUUAAUUGCGCAAUGAAAACUCAUUUCCUAUGCUCUAUAUAUAUAUAUAGCUGUGCUUUUAUCUAGGUUUUGGUCACUAGAUCAAACAGUGCAUGGUUAGUGUAUUUCAGAUUUCCAGCGUGAAUAUUAGCCGCUGUAAUUAGUAUAAAAGGACUUGCACUAGCAAUGCAUGCCUCUUUUACAUGCAAGUACUAGUACUUGCUCAUGUACUUUUUUUUUCUUCGGAUUCCAGUUCUUUAAGUUAUGACUUGCAUUUAUAAUCUUAAUGAUAUGCUAAAAGGUUGACAUCA